AUGCACCACGACGAUCAAAGCACAAAUCAACCACAAAGAAGCUCUCCUCAGAGCUCAGCUGUAAUCAUGCCCGAAGGCGAAGCUUCACAGGCUCAGAGCCAGUCUCAAGGUGCCUCUAGAGGGGCUUCACGAGGUCGCAGAGGCAGGGGCCGUGGCGGCAGAGGACGAGGGCAUCAUGCAGGAAGAAGCAGCAGAAGAGGGCCGCGGCAAGGUGAGCGAGGUGGCGCCAGGCAAAGCGCCCCUCGAGCUCCGCAGCCGGGUCCGACACGGCGAUUUGGCGGGCAUCUCACUGUUGAAGCGGAAGAAACGCCAUCAGAAGCUCUUUCACUAAGUGCGGAAGCUCCUGAGUUUGUCCCUGGCCAGCCAGUAUUGCCGAGGGCUUCUAAACAGCCCGAGGCUAAACUUCCCAAGUCAACCGCCGCAGACCUUGGAACCAGGAUUCAUGAGGAUAUCAGCCAUGGAAACUACGAGUGUGCAGUGUGCACGGACGAAGUCCUCCGGAAGUCUCACGUUUGGUCCUGCAACGUCUGUUGGACCGUUGUCCAUCUCAAGUGUGCCAAGAAGUGGUAUCACAAUCAAAUGAAGCAGGAUGCUGCCCGGCCACCAACAGAGUCUCAACCGGAGAAUUUAUGGAGAUGCCCGGGUUGUAAUUCCAAGCUGUCCGAUGAACCGGGCGCGUACCACUGCUGGUGUGGAAAAGAUAUCAACCCGAGGCCUUCCAGCACAUCGCUCCCCCCGCAUUCUUGUGGACAGACAUGCUCGAAGCCUCGAGGAACGUGCCCACACCCUUGUGGCCUUCAAUGCCAUGCCGGGCCAUGCCCGCCUUGUGGUCUUGUGGGCCCUACGCAGUCUUGCUUCUGUGGGAAGAAUACCUCGCAGAAGUUGUGCAGAGAAACCGACUAUGAAAAUGGUUGGAGCUGCCAGGAGAUCUGCGGCGAUCUUUUGCCCUGCGGAGAGCACUUUUGCCCAAACCCCUGUCAUCCCGGACUCUGUGGAGAUUGCGAUCUCAAGGUUGAAGCAAAGUGUUACUGCGGGCGUGUUGAGAAGAAAAUCCCUUGCUUUGAGCGGCAGGAUGUACAGUCUUCGUAUAGCGUAGACGAUGCCUCCUGGUUUGAAGGUUCUUUCAGCUGCCUGACGCCUUGCGAGAGGAAAUUCGACUGUGGGACUCACAGCUGCUCUGCAAUCUGCCACGCCCAAGAUGAGCAGCCGGCCCAUUGCCCCCUUUCCCCCGACGUGGUUACCCAUUGCCCGUGUGGCAAGACACCGCUUGAGAAUUUCCUACAGGCCCCAAGGCAAUCUUGCGAGGAUCCAGUGCCUCAUUGUGAUAGAGUUUGUGAAAAGCUCCUCCCUUGUGGCCACCUUUGCAAAGCCAAAUGCCAUACCGGUGAUUGUGGAUUCUGUAUGGAGGUGAUUGACAUUUCAUGCCGAUGUGGGCGAACCACAUCUAAAUCCGUCUGUCAUCAAGGAAAUGUCCAACAGCCGUGGUGCACGAGAACGUGCCAGGCGAAUCUGAGCUGUGGUCGUCACAAGUGUGGCGAGCGCUGCUGUCCAGGAGAGAAGAAGGCUGCGGAGAGGCAGGCAGCCAGCAAGAGGAAAAACCGACCACCAGGGGAAUCUGCCGUCGAAGCCGAGCACAUCUGCAUCCGGACCUGUGGGCGGCCGCUGAAAUGCGGCAGCCAUGACUGCCAGCAGAUGUGCCACCGUGGAGCAUGCGCAAGUUGUCCCGAAGCCAUUUUCCAUGAGAUAAGUUGCAACUGUGGCCGAACGGUGCUCCAACCGCCACAGCCCUGCGGCACUCACGCACCGGAGUGUCGAUUUAACUGCCAGAGGAGGCCAGCCUGCGGACACCCGCCUGUUGAGCAUAACUGCCAUAUGGACGACAUAUCUUGUCCCAAGUGCCCGUUUUUGGUGGACAAGUGGUGUGCUUGCGGCAAGGAGAAGCUGCAUAGCCAGCCCUGCCAUCUUCAAGCAGCGCACUGUGGUCGACCUUGCGGGAAGAGUUUGAAGUGCGGAUUGCACAAGUGCCGGAAACUGUGCCACAGGCCAGGAGAGUGUGAGGAUAGCGCAAGUUCCAGUCAGACUUGUGGCCAAGUCUGCGGCAAGACGAAACUUUUCUGUGACCAUGCUUGCCAGAACCCCUGCCAUGGUCAGACUCCUUGCAAAGAAUCGACUCCCUGUACGGCCAAGGCCACUAUCGCUUGUCCCUGUGGUCUGCGCCAGCAAGAAGUCAAGUGUAUCGCCAGCAGCUCCAAUCCUACGCCAUCUCGUCCUGAGCUCAAAUGUGAUGACGAGUGCCUUCGACUGGAGCGAAACAGGCGCCUUGCCGCGGCUCUCAAUAUUGAUCCCGCCUCUCACGCCAACGACCACGUUCCAUAUUCGGACACUACUCUUCGGCUCUUCAAGGAAAACCUUGCCUGGGCAGAGACACAAGAGCGGGAGUUCCGGGUGUUCUCCAAGAGCCCCAGUGAGCAGCGACUUAGAUAUAAGCCGAUGCUCAACCAUCAGCGGCAGUUCCUGCAUGUGCUGGCCCAAGACUACGGGUUGGACAGCAAGAGCGAGGAUCUCGAGCCGUAUCGCUACGUUGUCGUCUGGAAAGGCGCCAAGUUUGUCUCUGCACCAAGCAAGACUCUGGCGCAGUGCGUCAAGAUCCGAGAGUCACAGGCGGCAGAGGCAGCCGCCGCUGCCGCCUCCAACUCAAGGGCUCCGACCCCUCCCCCUGUUGUUGUAGUCGAUCCGUUCAACGCAUUUCUCCUCACCUCUCCUCGGUUCGGCCUUACUGUCGAAGAUGUCGACGCCGCUAUACGUGCCGACCUCGCAAGCCAGACGGCCUUUCACUUCAAGACGGCAUUCCUGCCUUCUGAUGAAAUCCUCAUCCGCGCCACGGCGCACUACUCGUCGUUCCUCACGCCCGCUGCCGUCGAGCAGGCUCUUCAGAACAUGAAACCUCGCCUUGACAGCACAAUCAAGCGUCUGGAUAUUGCAGGCAACAUCUUGCUCUGCCACGUCGACGACAACGAGCACAUCUCGCGCAGGGAGGACAUUAGCAAGAAUGAUGCUUCGGGCUGGAGCGCCGUCGCGGGCCGGGCCGCGGCGAAGAAGGAAGAGACUAAGGUGGAAACGCCCGCUGCUGCGAGUGGCGGAUCUGGAAAACGACUGCUGCUCGGGCUGAAGAAGAAGAAGCCAGCGAUGCCGACAAACAAGUCUUGGACGGAGCAGCUUGAAGGGGAUGUUGAGUGUUGA